AUGGCUAAUCAAGCGGCCAAGAAGGCAAAGCGCUCAAGUGCAUCACUUAGCACACGGCUACAGCAAUGGAUCGUGCCUAUUAACGUGCUGUACUUUGUGUACUGCAUUUUGUGGCACUCUAGCUUGGUUACCACGUGGACCUAUGUAGGCUACUUCUAUCUGACCUUCUCCACCUACUUUUGCUACUCAUGGGUAGUUGCAGCAGCUGAAGAAGGGGGCAACAGCGAAUAUGCGAUGGAUGUCCUGAUCAUAACACUUUUCGUGCAAGCUGGACUUAUGAUCUCAAGCUACUUUUGGCUCGUGUAUCUCGUCAUCCCAGGCUACAUACUGUACCAUGUUGGCCGCAUGCUGCUUAAUUACGUCUUCACACCAGACUCGACAACAGAAAAUGACCCUAACAUGAUCAGAAAGAAAGAGAAAGCUGAGCGCAAAGCUGCACGUCCAAAGUUUCGUCGAUAA